UUUCACGUCGGGAGGACGUCCCAAGAAACACAAUGCCUGAACAAAGCAACGACUACAGAGUGGUUGUGUUUGGAGCGGCUGGAGUUGGCAAAAGCUCUCUGGUGCUCAGGUUUGUUCGAGGAACCUUCAAGGAGACUUACGUGCCCACUGUGGAGGACACCUACAGGCAGGUAAUCAGCUGUGACAGGAGCAUUUGUACCCUUCAGAUCACUGACACCACAGGGAGCCACCAGUUCCCGGCCAUGCAGAGACUAGCCAUCUCCAGAGGUCACGGUUUCCUCCUAGUUUACUCGGUCACCAGCAGACAAUCCCUGCAGGAAUUGGAAGCCAUCUACGAGCAGAUCUGUCACAUCAAGGGGGACCUGACCUCAGUGCCCGUCCUCCUGGUGGGCAAUAAGAGGGAUGAGAGCCAGAGGCAGGUGGACACCAGCGAGGGCCAAGCCUUGGCCACCAAGUGGGAGUGCUCUUUCCUGGAGACCUCGGCAAAGCUCAACUACAAUGUGCAGGAAGCCUUCCAGGAGCUGCUGAACAUGGAGAGGAGGAGAACGGUCAGUCUGCAGCUCGAGGGGAACAGGCCCAAGCGCAGGACCGAGCCCAGGCUCAAGGGGAAAUGUUCACUAAUGUGAAAUGGAGGGAGAGAGAGCGUUACACAGAGAGUUAUAGAGAGACAAA